AUGCAGAUGAAAACAGAAAUUUUUCCAUCGUCAUUCACUGGUGGAAAUCGUCGGAUUGAAUUGACUGGAACCGAUCUAUGGAUUACUCCACGUAUUGAUAAUGUUUUCGUAUAUCCAGGUGACUUAGAUCUCAAUCGUUUGAAAGACGCACUCAGUCACAUUCUGGCAUUAUGGCCUUUAGUUUGCGGUCGUUUACUCCUACACGAUGAAGAGCAUUAUAUCAUUGAAAUGUCUGACAAAGCCGUACCAGUUACAAUUCUUGAUAAUACAGAAUUAAUACAAUGGCCUCUUAACUCUAAUGUGGUACGGGACAAUGUCGAAGGUCAAUUGCAACCUUUUCUUGACGAAGUACAAACUACGAAACUAUGGCAUGGUUGUCCAAAUGAACCACUUUUCCGUGUGAAAAUCACUCGGCUUGUACGAAGUGAUGAAUGGGUGCUCGGCACAAGUUGGGCACAUGUUCUUGGAGAUGCCUGUGCUUGCUUGAAUUUUCUGCAUAUGUUUUCAUGUUCCUACCAACAAAUCGAACUUCCGGCACUAUUACCUAGUUUUGAACGCCGCCUAUGGUCAAAAAAUGAAGUUGAUCGAUCAUUAUUACCUGCCAUGCGACAUUUAUGUGACGCUCUAUCGACUGAACAAAUUCAAGAAAAAAUGACGAUCGAACAAGAGACGCAUGUUCAAUUAAAUAUACAUUUUUCUGGUAAAAUCUAUGGUGUAUUACGAGCAUGUGUUAUUGCUGAUAAUGGUGAAAGUCAUUCACAUAAAACUGGUGAAAGUCAUUAUAAUUUAUUAUCUGUUGAGAAUGGACAAAGUCAAACAUCAGAAGAAUAUCAAAUCAAUAUAGAUAUUCAAUCACUUCAAUCAGCCAAUGUUAAAUGUAUUUCAAUUGAUCCAUUUAUAAAUUCAUCGAUACCAUUUUCUCGUAUUGCUUUUGGUUUUACGCCAUUAGAAUCCAAUGAGGGUGAUACAUUAGCAUUAGAUUUUAUACGACGACCUCUAUUUGAUUUAAAUCUUCUUGUUAAAUCAGAAGCAUUAACUGCUGAUCAAAUCGCAGAAAAACUUGAUGUUUAUUUAAAAUACGAUAAACCAAAUGUGAUUAUAUUUGGAACAAAAUAUGAUGAUCAACAUACUUUAGAAGAUAAUCAUUAUGGAAUGCAACGUACAAUCAAAGAAAAUAAACCACCACGUGGUAUAGAUGAUAUUCAUAUGAAUCAAAUUGUCGGUAAAGAUGGUCAUGCUUAUCAAGAUGGAGCUUUAUUUAUUCAAAAAGAUAAUCAAGAUAAUACAUAUGUCGCUUUCUUUUUCUGUUUUGAUAGUCAAUGUACAACAGAAGAAUUAUCAAAAUAA